AUGAGCGCCAACAACCCUAGCCCUAAUCCGUUCCUCUCCCUCGGGCUCCCAAACUCAACCGCCCCAAUCAUCCGCCAUGGCUCGUCCUCACCAACUCCGGCGCUGCCGCUGCACGAUGACGACCACGAAGAAGAUCUCAACCUAGCUCUAACUCUCGCGCUCCCCAACCCUAGCCGCAUCCACCAGCACGGCUCGUCAUCCCCCCUGGAGGACGACGACCUCCUCCGCGAGAUCCUCGUCCGCCUCCCCCCAAACCCUUCCUCCUUCCCUUUCACCUCCCUCGUCUCCAGCCGCUGGCUCCGGCUGGUCUCCGACGCCCGCUUCGCCCGCCGCUUCCGCCUCCGCCACCGCCGAAGCUCUCCCGUCUUGGGUCUCUUCACCAAGAACCCCCGACGGGGGCAAAUCGCUUACGUCCUUACCCAGGGCACCCCACUCCCCAUGGGGCCCUUCCCGCGCUUGUGCGAAUACCCCUGUUUCAGAGAACACUUCGAUCUCCUCGGCUGCCGCCAUGGCUUCCUGCUAGUCCUCCGCCCUUACCGGAACAAGUUCCUAGUGUGGGACAUCAUUAGCAGCCGCAAGCACCGCAUCGACAUACCCCCCGGGAUGGAGAUGCGGCGAUGGGACAGGUUCCCGGCCGACCCGGGCUUUGAAGAGGGUGCUACCAUGACCAACAUCACCACGAUUAGCGGGGCGGUGCUUCGUGCCACCGGAGAUGGAGACGGCGACGACGACGGUGGCCACUUCAAGGUGGCCAUGGUAGGCACCGACGAGACACAGAAUACAAGGCUGCUCGGUUGUGUUUACUUGUCGGAGACUGGCGUGUGGGGUCAGGUUGUCUCGACGCCGCCUCCACCCGAGAAUGCUGUGCCCGCUGGGUGUCUUCCGGACAGGCCUGCCGUUCUGCUUGGAGAUUGCCUUUAUUGGUUGCUUAUUUAUAAUCUUGGCAUCCUCGAGUUUGAUCUGGGAAGGCAGACCCUAAAUUUGAUAGCGGCGCCGGUGGAUAUGUCUUCCAAGAGCAUCAUGGUUAUGCCGGCAGCAGAAGGAGCCGGUUGGCUUGGUUUCCUUGUCCUGACAGACAUAGGCACCGCCCAAUUCUGGAAGAGGAACAUGACCGAUAGUGCUUCAUCAUGGGUGCUAGGAACAAGCAUUGAACUGGGCAGUAUAAUCUACUUCCCCUGGCUCCAGCUGGAACAGAGGGUGGCUCCAGGAAUUUUCAUAUCAGGGUGCUAG